UGUAGAUGUACCACAUUUUCUGUAUCCAUAGAGGAAACAUUUAUUAAAGGGAAGUUGCUCUCCAACUAGUGAUGGUGUAACACUCACAGAUUUAUUCUAUUUCCCUCAGAUAUCUGCCUUUUCAUCACUCCCGACUGGUGCUCCUGAGACAGUUUAUCAUGCCUAGGGGCAACAAGAGCAAGGGCCGCUCCAGGGCCAAAAGGCAGCAGACACGAGGUGGAGAAAGCCAGAUUCUCCAGGGUGCUCAGCCCACUGUGAAGGAGGAGGAAACAGCACCCCCCUCUCUUGUCCAGGGUGAUGCCCCCAGUUCCCCUGAAGUUGGCACUCCUCAGGAGUCUCAGGAGCCUGCAUCCUAUGGCUCUCCUGAGUUAGAUGUGCCCUGCUCAGUUUAUGAUGUAGAUGUUGAAGGUUCUGAUGUUGGUGCUGAGGGUGCUGUUGCAGGUGCUAAGGGUUCUGAUGCUGGUGUUAAAGGUUCAGUUGCAGAUGCUGAGGACAGAAGUGCACAUUUCUCCAAGGUAGCAGCUGCCAUUCAAUCUGCACGCAGAGAUCCUCUGACCAGGAAGGCCAAUGUGUUGAUAGAGUUCAUGAUGGAGAAAUUUAAGGUGAAAGAGCCCUUCACACAGGCAGACAUGCUGAGAGUUAUCAACAAGAAGUACAAGGUGCACUUCACUGAAAUCCUCAGGAGAAUCUCUGUGCGAUUGGAAUUAGUCUUUGGCCUUGAGUUGAAGGUAGUUGAUCCCAGUUCUCAAUCCUAUAUGCUUGUGGGCAAGCUGGGCCUCUCCACUGAGGGAAGUCUGAGUGGCAGUAGUGGGUUACCCAAGACAGGGCUCCUGAUGACCCUCCUGGGUGUAAUCUUCAUGAAGGGGAACCAUGCCACUGAGGAAGAGGUCUGGGAAUUCCUAAAAGUAGUGGGGAUAUAUCCUGGGAAGAGUCAUGUAAUCUUUGGAGAACCCCAGGAAUUUAUAACCAAAGAUUUGGUGGAGGAAAAUUAUGUAGUAUACCAACAGGUUCCUGGCAGUGAACCCCCAAGCUAUGAGUUCCGGUGGGGUCCCAGAGCCUAUGCUGAAACCACCAAAAUGAAGGUCCUGGAAGUUAUAGCUAAGAUCAAUAAUACUUCCCCUAGUUUCUUCACUAGUAUGUAUGAGGAGGCUAUGAUUGAUGAGGCUAAUAGAGCAGCAAGAAGAGUUACAGCUGUUCCUGGCAAUGUUGUGGAUAUCAGGGACGUCAGGGCUCAUCGCAGAGUCCAUAGAACCUCUUCUAAGUAGUGGAAUGUGUUAUAAGCUAAAAAUAAGGAAUUUGUAACUUAUUCUGUAAUUCAUAAGAUAUUAUAUAUGCAUUUUCUUUGCUAUUUUGCAAAUGAUCCUUUAAUCCAGGAUUAGCUUGCUUUAUAAUCCAUUUCUUAAAAUUUUGCUUUCAUACAUAUUGCUGUUUUUCAUGUUUAAGAUGAAGAUUUGGUUAUUUUCAAACAA